UGCAUGAAUAACCUAGCCUGACAAUUAGUUCUCCUAAACGCGGUUUUGAAUUACUUGCCAUUUGCUACUAUUUGUGCUAUACCCAACGAAGGCGGAUGUUAUGAAGCCCAACUCUUUACUCGAAAAUUCAACGAAACUAAGCCAACACCCUGAAUAUCAGGUUACCAGACACCACACGACCGUAGUUAAUGUUCCCGCUCGUCAUUUGCAAUAGAAAGCAAGCAAAUCAUUGCAGUUAGGGUUAUCAAGUCACAUAACCGACGGGCCAUCUCCGUUCCAGCUUCACUAUCUCCACCUCCACUCUCUCUCUAUCCCAUCGUAUCGUCGCUGGUUAAGCUCUCCCCCGCUAAUUUCUAAAGUGGACUACCCGCGCUAUGGAAAAACUGGGGUGGAACUUCGUGGUUCCUAGCAAAUCAGGCCUUCGGCCCGUUGAGGCCUUUACCUAGGCAAAAUGGCGGUUCUGCUACCGGUCGGUUUGGGCGCCUACCUGUCUACGAUGGAGAUGAGCCGAGGAUAUGAUAGUCCAGUGGGGGAAGUUGUUGGGGGAUAAGAGAGUCGCAGCAUAGCUAGCUAUCUUUGGCUUUCUGGUGUAGAGAGUUCCUAUACCCCCGCUUAAUACUUUCUUUCUCUUUGUUCAAUCUCUAUGCUGUCUUGAGCGGCGAUAGACUUGAAUCUUGUGUUACGCCGUUGUAGUUGACACCUUUCUUCCGGCUGUGUUUCAAUUGCCGGUUGAAAUUCCGGCACAUCCCAAGUGCCUGGACACUCUUGUGUCCAGUAACAGUAACCCCUUUCUGAGGAACAGAGAGCACUUCCCGUUGUCACGAAGAAGAGGAGUGUGAUACACUUGAAAUAAGAUGGUCUUGGCUACUGCUGCCGCCGUUGCUGGUGUCGGUGCCUUGGGGGCCUAUCUUGAUGGCAAGUACCAGCUCAGAAAGGACAUCUACACGGUCCAUCGGACCAGUCGCAGUGAACGUAUUGCUGUCCGUGCGACGGCCGAAGGUCGGUUAAAUGUGUGGUAUGUCUUCAAGGCCGUCGUCAAACAGUUCCCCGAUGCGCUCUGUAUUUGGUCAAGGACCGGCUCCUAUACCUUCCAGCAGGUUCUCGAUAUUGCCUGCCAGUAUGGCAACUAUUUCCUUUCUAUUGGCGUGAAGCGUGGCCAGCUGGUGGCAUUCUAUCUGCAGAACUCCCCAGAGUUUGUUUUCGCAUGGCUCGGCCUGUGGGCUAUCGGAUGUGGCCCCGCGAUGAUCAACUACAACCUCACGGGAGCUGGGCUUAUUCACUGCCUCAAACUCAGCGAAGCGGAAAUCCUACUUGUGGACGCGGACCCGGAAAUCACAGCGCGGAUUAAUGACCAGAGGACCGAGAUUGAAAAUGAUGUGAAGAUGCAUCCCAUAUUGUUAGAUGAUUCUCUGAAGAGUCACAUCUCCUCGUUCCCGACAACUGUAGCCGACAAAAGCCUUGCUCGCAGCAUGGAGGGUGGCUUCCCAUCCAUGCUUCUCUACACAUCAGGCACAACUGGGUUGCCCAAGGGGUGCGCAUUUACCAUGCUUCGGUUGCAUACGACGAUCUUCCAAAAGCAUCUACGCGAUAAAAAGGGCUAUGGAGGCGACCGGUGGUACGUGUGCAUGCCGAUGUAUCAUGGUACCGCCUCAGUCUGCGUCAUGGCCUGCAUUCUCACUGGUGUGAGCAUUGCGAUAGCCAAGAAGUUCAGUACAAGCAGGUUCUGGAAAGACAUCCAUGACUCCGAAUCGACAUACUUCGUUUACGUUGGAGAAACAGCUAGAUAUCUCCUUGCGGCUCCACCUUCGCCAUUAGAUCGCGGCCACAAACUUCGCUGCAUGUACGGCAACGGUCUGCGACCCGACGUCUGGGAGAAAUUCCAGGAGCGGUUCGGUAUUGCGAACGUUGCAGAGUUCUUCAGUAGCACAGAGGGUCUAUUUGCCCUGAUCAAUUACGACAGUGGUCCCUACCAAUCCCGCUGCGUUGGACACCACGGCGCCAUCCUACGCCGCCUGAUGCAUAACGUCUAUGUCCCCGUCGUUAUCGACCCCAUGACCGGAGACAUGUACCGCGAUCCAAAAACCGGCUUCGCAACCCGCGCUCCCUACAGCGAAGGCGGCGAAAUCAUCAUCUCCGUCCCCGACGAAUCCGCCUUCCAGGGCUACUGGAAGAACCCCGACGCGACAGCCAAGAAGUUCGUCCGGGACGUUUUCAAGAAAGGCGACAUCUAUUAUCGCACCGGCGACGCCCUGCGCCGCACAGAUGACGGCCACUGGCACUUCCUCGACCGUCUCGGCGACACAUUCCGCUGGAAAUCCGAGAACGUGUCCACCGCAGAAGUAGCGACCGUGCUGGGCGAAUACCCCGGUGUCGCGGAGGCAAACGUCUACGGCGUCUCCGUCCCCACCCACGAAGGCCGUGCUGGCUGUGCGGCUAUCCUCAUCGAGCCCGACCAGCGGGCCAACUUCGACUUUGCCGCUCUUGUCCGCUAUGCGCGCGAAAGGCUGCCCAAGUAUGCGGUGCCGGUGUUCCUGCGCCUCGUUGAAGCUUCCAACCAUACCCACAACCAGAAGCAGAACAAGGUUCCCCUGCGAGAUGAGGGUGUUGAUCCUGAUAAAGUAGGGACGAAGGUUCCUGAAGGGAGGGAUGACCAGUUCUUGUGGCUUCUUCCGCAGAAUGAUACGUACGUGGAGUUUGGGCGGAGGGAAUGGGACGCCCUUGUCAACGCGCGUGUUAAACUAUGAAGUGGUCUUUGUGAUACAAUAAUUAUGCAUAUUUUACUCUUUUCGUUGUAUCAGAAUUUGGUGGUGGCCCGCCUUUUUCGUCCAGUAUUAAGCCCAAAACUUACAUCUUCAACCACAGGUUUACGUUAGUUAGUACAACGCUGCUCUUAUUUUCAAAAGAGCGGCCAAUUUAGAAUACUAGAUUUUUCAAUCAAAUAUUUUCAGCUAGACCUUUAGCUACUUCGUUUACACAGCUCAUUAUUUCAAGGGCAGAAGGGGGGGGGAAGAGGUUUUAUGAUCCAGAACUAAUGAGAUAGGCAUAGGUUACACUAUCUUAUUCUAGGCGAAUGCGGAGAAAACUCUCCAACACACCAAAAUGAAAAUGCGAUAUGAAGUUGUAGUUUAGUUACGGCAAACGAUAGGCAAAUAUCCCUUCCACCACGACUCGAAACGAGCGUCGCGCUUCCCAAAAUUUGGGAACUCCAUGGUCGUUCUCAUGGGGCACAUUUUAUUUACUUGUGUUCUUUUUAACUGGAAGAUA